AUGAAAUCAUCUUACAAGUUUUCCAAUUUAUUAGGCACUGUGUAUACAGGCGCCAAUGUCUUGUUCACACCCGAUGGUAAUUCAGUAUUGAGUCCCGUAGGCAACCGUGUGUCCAUGUUUGAUCUCGUCAACAAUACCUCAUGCACACUUCCUUUUGAAAUGCGCAAAAACAUUGACCGCAUGGCACUUUCACCCAACGGCACAUUAUUAGUUACCGUCGAUAAAGAUGGCAGAGCACUGUUGAUUAAUUUACCUCGUCGAGUUGUACUCCAUCACAUGAACUUUAAAACGAGAGCCAGAGCCAUUCAAUUCAGCCCUGAUGGCAAAUACUUUGCCAUCACAAGCGACAAAACUGUCAACAUUUGGAAAGCACCCGGCCACACUCGAGAAUUCGCACCUUUUGUGCUCUAUUUCACAGCACUCGGUCAUCAUGAUGCCAUAACCAACAUCAACUGGAGUCCUGAUUCCAGAUUCUUCAUCACUAGUUCAAAGGACAUGACAUGCAGAAUUUUUACAGUGGAUAGAUCCAUCGAUUUCGUGCCAGCUUCUCUAUCAGGCCAUCGUGAUUAUAUCGUCAAUGCUUGGUUUUCUGCAGACAUGAAGAAUAUUUACUCUAUCAGCAGAGACGGAUCAUUGUUCCAGUGGAAAAACUCGACAUAUGCUGCCAUGCAUGAGGACUCUGAUACAGAGAUGGUGGAAGUGGAUGAAGAUGGAAACGAGGUUGUUCGUGUGGAUAAGGUCAAGUGGAGAAUUCAAAAGAAAAACUACUUCAACAGCACCAGCAUCAAAGUCACCGAAGCACAGUUCUUUGCUGCCAGCAAUCUCGUUGUAGCUGGCUUUGCUAACGGCUUGUUUGGCAUCUACGAAGUGCCCAAUUUCACCACCAUUCACACUCUGAGUAUUUCGCAAAAGAAGAUUGACACAGUCGCUAUCAACGCUACUGGUGAAUGGCUUGCGUUCGGUUCGGCAGCCCUGGGUCAAUUGUUGGUGUGGGAAUGGCAAUCCGAAACAUAUGUGUUGAAGCAGCAAGGCCAUUAUUACGAUAUCAAUUCAGUCAGCUAUUCAGGCGACGGACAAUCAUUAGCGACUGGUGGCGAUGAUGGUAAAGUCAAGGUGUGGAAUACAGCAAGUGGUUUCUGUUUUGUGACAUUCAGUGAGCACAGCAGUGGUGUCAAUGCUGUUGAGUUUGCUAAACAGGGGCAGGUGCUGUUCUCGGCUAGUUUGGACGGUACGGUGCGUGCAUUUGAUUUGGUGCGUUAUCGUAAUUUCAGAACAUUCACUAGCCCUAAUCCUGUUCAAUUCACUUCUUUGGCCGUUGAUCCUAGUGGUGAAAUUGUCUGCGCUGGUACCAUGGAUACAUUUGAAAUCUACGUGUGGAGUGUACAGACUGGUAAAUUGCUUGAUAUCUUGGCUGGUCAUACAGGCCCCAUCAGUUCAUUGGCUUUCUCACCUACGGGUAUGAUGCUUGUGAGUGGUAGUUGGGAUCAUUCUGCUCGUACCUGGGAUGUAUUUGGUCGCACCAAGAGCAUUGAGCCCCUUGUUCACCAGACAGAAGUAUUGGCUGUGGCAUUCAAGCCCGAUGGCAAGGAGAUCGCUGCUGCCACUUUGGAUGGUAAUAUUACAUUCUGGGACAUUCAAGAAGCAAAUAUUGUUGGCACCAUUGAUGGUCGCAAGGAUAUCAUGGGUGGUCGCAAGAAGGAUGAUCGUACUUCAUCUGAUAAUGCUGCCUCGGGCAAAUGCUUCAACAGCAUCUGCUAUACAGCUGAUGGCACAAGUUUGAUUGGCUCUGGCACCAGCAAAUAUAUCUGUAUUUACGAUGUGGCAAGCUCCUUUUUGAUCAAGAAAUUCACCAUCUCCAAGAACCUUUCACUAGACGGCACUCAAGAAAUGCUCAACUCGAAAUACAUGACAGAAUUCGGCAGUUUGGAAGAGCUGGAAGACGAAGGAUCUGACCGUGAGGAGCGUGUAGACUUUUCUCUACCCGGCACACGAUCCGGCGAUCUCUCUGUUAGAAACACAAGGCCUGAAAUCAAAUCCAAAGCAGUGCGCUUCUCUCCCACAGGCAGAUCAUGGGCUGCUGCGACAACAGAUGGUCUCAUGAUUUACUCCCUAGACGAAGAUAUCCUCUUUGACCCAUUUGAUUUGGAGAUUGAUAUCACACCAGAAACUGUGAUUGAAGCCCUUGGUGAAAAAGAAUACCUCAAGUCGCUCUGUAUGGCAUUCAGAUUGAACGAAAAACCAUUACUACACACUGUAUUCGAAGGCGUUCCUCCAGAUUCUGUGGACCUUGUUGCUCGUAGCAUGCCUGAAAAGUACCUCUUUAAGCUAUUAACAUUUGUGGGUAUGCACAUGGAAACAAGCCCACACAUUGAAUUCCAUUUGUUAUGGGUCACCAGUGUCAUGACAGCUCAUGGAAGAUACCUUCGCGACCACCGUGGUCAAUUCCAGCCAGUGUUUAGAGCGUUGCAUAAGGGUGUGAAUCGUGUCAGAGAUGAUAUUGCUACAUUAUGUGAUUCAAACCAAUAUACACUCAAAUAUCUUCUCAAUCAACAAGCCAUCGCUGCACGCAAAGAAGCUGCCAUGAUAGAAUAA